GGCCACGAAAGUUCCAUCGAAACUGCAAUGACAGGCCGCGGCGGCCAUCAAGUGACGGGCAUGGCCCUGGCCCUGGCCCUGGUCCUGUUGCUCCUCAUAAACGAAGCGCCCCACUCGCUGGGCUACAACAUCGAUCUGCCGAGCUACGUGCGUUACCAGCAGGCGACCAAUUCCAUGUUCGGCUUCAGCAUUGCCCUGCACAAGGCACGCAACGAUUACUUCACCAACCAGAACAAUGUCAGCUUGAUCGUGGGUGCACCCAAAUAUGAUACGUCCCGCUUCCAGCCCGGCGUUGUGGAGGCCGGCGGUGUCUUCAAGUGCAGCAUGAAGGAUGAUGACUGCAAGUUGGUGCCCUUCGAUUCCAAAGGCAACAACCGGAAUACAGAGGGCGAAAUCGUAGACAGGAAGUCCUACCAAUGGCUGGGCGCCACUGUGGCCACAGGACGCGACAACGAUUUGGUUGUGGCCUGUGCACCGCGAUAUGUGUUCCACACGAUGACGCCAUCGAGGGCGAUGCGCUAUGACCCAGUGGGCACCUGCUUCACCUCCCAUAACUUCGAGCAGUUCCACGAGCUAUCCCCCUGUCGGACAAACAACUGGGGUUAUCAUCGUCAGGGCUCGUGUCAGGCCGGCUUCAGUGCAGCCGUCAACAAAAAUGGCUCGCGUUUGUUCAUUGGCGCACCUGGCAGUUGGUACUGGCAAGGACAAACCUACUCAAUACCGCCCGAUGCCGAGUUUCCAUUUAAGCCGCCCUAUUAUCAGCCCUUCGGCACUGGAGGUCAGGCGAGCUCUCACGAUGUGACCAAGCCGGAGAACCAAGUCUUCUCCACGGUGGAGAGUACAUCGGUGAAUGAUGACUCGUAUCUGGGCUAUUCCAUGGUCACCGGCGACUUUGAUGGCGAUCGCAGCGAGGAUGUGGCCAUCGGCAAGCCCCGAGGCGCCAAUUUGACCGGCCAGGUGGUGGUCAAUCGCUGGAACAUGGCAAACAUUUUGAACAUUACCGGACGACAGAUUGGGGAGUACUUUGGCUAUGCCCUCGCCUCCAGCGAUGUGGACGGCGAUGGCCUGGACGAUCUCAUCAUUGGCGCACCCAUGUUCACGGAGCUGGACAAUGUCGAGGGCAAGUACGAUGUGGGCCGUGUCUACGUGCUGAUCCAGGGCGGACACACGGCCUCCCAGUUCUUUACCACGGAGCACAUACGCGACGGCUUCCAGACCAAGGGACGCUUCGGUCUCGCCCUCACCACCCUGGGUGAUGUGAAUGGCGAUGGCUAUGGCGACUUCGCUGUGGGCGCACCCUAUGACGGGCCCGAGGGCCGUGGCGUUGUCUACAUCUAUCACGGCUCGUCCAUGGGUCCGUUGGCGAAGCCCUCGCAGAUCAUACGCGCCGAGCAGCUGGUGGAGGGUGCUCCCUAUCCGCGCACCUUUGGCUUUGCCCUCUCCGGCGGCGUGGACAUGGAUGGCAACACCUACCCGGAUCUGGCCGUGGGCGCCUACAGCUCCGAUCGCGUUUACCUCUUCAAGUCCCGCCCCGUGGCGGCUGUCAAUGCGGAGACGAGCUUUGCCAGUCCCUCGAAGCUGAUCAGCCUGGACGAUCGCAGUUGCCCGCUGCAGAGGGACAACAAGAGGGUGCCCUGCAUGAUGCUCACCACUUGCUGGAGCUUCACCGGUCGCUAUCUGCCCGAGCAGCUUGACUUCGAUGUGUCCUGGCUGCUGGACGCCAAGAAGGUGCGCAAUCCCCGCAUGUUCUUCCUGCGGGAUGAGGGCAAGAACAUCCGGAAUCAGACGAUUCGCCUGAACUAUGGCCAAAACUAUUGCCUCAACGAGACGGUCUACCUCAUGGACAAGGUGCAGGACAAGCUGACACCACUGGAGGUCGAGUCGCGCUACAAUCUGCGCAGCAGUCGUCCCCUCGAGCCCGUUGUGCGGCGCAGGCGCGGCAUCCUCGAGCCGGUGAUCGAUCAGAACCGUGAGAUUGUCGUGCGCGAUGCCAUCAACAUACAAAAGAACUGUGGCCCGGACAACAUAUGCGAGCCGGAUCUCAAAUUGGAAAUCAAAACUGUGGACAAGUAUCUGUUUGGCUCACCCGAACCACUCACCGUUGAGGUUUUGAUCUCGAACAACAAUGAGGAUGCCUUCGAGGCGGCAUUUUAUAUGAUUACGCCGCGCGAUCUGGAGUUCCGCAAGCUGCAGCAGCUGGGCGAGAAGAAGGAUACGCCCAUCACCUGCUCGGCACCCACACCGGCGAAUAAUCAUACGCUCAAGUGCGACAUUGGCAAUCCGCUGGAGUCGGGACAAAUUGCGCACUUCAUGAUCAGCCUGGUGCCGGCGGACAAGUAUGGCAGCUCCUCCAGCUACGAAUUCUAUUGGGAGGCCAACUCCACAAAUGUCGAGAAGCUGGGCUCCCACUUUGAUAAUAUUUACCGCAAGAGCGUGGGCAUUUGGGUGGACACGGAUCUGGACAUUAAGGGCACAUCGCUGCCCGACUAUCAGCUGUACAAGGCCGAUGACUACAAGACGCUGCAGAACGCCACCAGCGAGGAGGAUCUGGGCCCGCAGGUGGUGCACAUCUACGAGAUACGCAACAAUCGGCCAUCGAUCAUCGAGGAGGCAGAGGUGUAUAUCCACUAUCCCUACGAGACCAUUGUCGGGGAUCCGCUGAUGUAUCUGCUCAGCCAGCCAGAGACGGGCGGCAAGAUCCGCUGCGACCAGGUGUACGAGGUCAACGAGCACAACCUCAAGCUGGACGAGAAGCUGAAGAAUAAAUCAUAUCUGCAUGCGCAGGGCGCAAUCAGCAACUCGGUGCAGUUCAGCAGCCAGGCGGCGACUGGUGCCGCCGCUGGCGGUGCGGAGCGAGCGGAGGGACAUCUGGAGGUGUCGCGGGGCUCGCAGGGCGGCCAGGCGGUGACCGUCAGCCAAACGGAGGCCAAGAAUCGGCUGACACCCAAGCAGGUGGCACUGCUGGAGCGCGAGGAUGCCCUUGAUGUGCCCGGCGAUGCUUCGUAUGUGCAUCAGGAUCGUGCCAGCCAGGCGGUGAUCAUCGGUCAUGAGCCACGCAUCAAUCAGAGCAGCUUCACCACCAUCUCCUCCUCCAGCUCGGGCCCCAGUGCUCAGCUGCGUGGCCACAGCACCCAGGGACACAUACAGAUGGCGGGUCUGCCAUCCCAACAAUCGAGCAGCAGCUCUGGCUAUCAGUCGGGGCCCCAGCAGAGGCAGCAGCUACAUCUGGCUGGUGCUGGUGCUGGUGCUGGUGCUGGUGCUGGUGCUGGCGGUGCCAACUUUGCGGACAAAUCCAUGUACGGCGGACGCAGUGGCAGUUUCCAUGCGGGCACCCUGGAUCUGGGCAGCAUACCACGCACCAAUGUGGACAAUGAUCUCUACAGGAACAACCAGUUCCAGGGUCAGGGACAGAUGCACACCCAGUCGUACGGACAGGGACAGGGACAGUUUGGAGGUGCGCCAGGUGGCUAUCAUGUGACAUAUAGCUCUGGCAGCAAACCCUACUAUGGGCGUGAGAAUGGCGACUUCUACGAUGAGGAUAUACUCCAGCAGGGACCAGCCCAGAGUCAGAGUCAGGGACAGGGUGGACCGGGACACUGGUCCUCGUCCAGCUCGAGCACUUCCCAGCGCCGUUUUCGUCGCAGCAGCGAUGAUGUGGAGCAGCCGCAACAAAUCGAUCUGAAUUCGCCGUGCCAGUCGGCACGCUGUCGCACCAUUCGCUGCGUGGUGACCAAUCUGGGCACCGAGGACGGUGAUGCCGCAUUUGUGGCCAUACGCGCCCGCAUGGUGGCCAAGACCAUGGAGAAGCUUGCCUCGAAUGUGCCCCUAAAUGUGUCCACGCUGGCCGUGGCCAAUGUCACCCAGCUGCCGUUCAUUGGCCAGCCCAAGGACAAGAUUAUCAAGUCACACGAGAUCUUCUACAAGGCGGAGCCGGAGCCGCAACAGGUGCCGGAUGUGGUGCCCCUCUGGGUGGUUGUGUUGGCCGCGUGUGCGGGUGCGCUCAUCUUUCUGCUGCUCGUCUGGCUGCUCUACAGGUGCGGCUUCUUCAAGCGCAAUCGGCCCACGGAUCACGCACAGGAGCGACAGCCCCUACGCAAUGGCUAUCAUGGCGAUGAGCAUCUGUAGAGCGAGUUCUUCAUGCAACAUGAAGUAACAAACAACCACAACAACAACAACCACAACAACAACAACAUUACGAACUCUAAAACAACGUACUAAAAAAUGGAGAUAAAACUCAACAACCACAACAACAAAAAGAAUGUACUAAAACACACAGGAAACUGAAAGCGGUUUGACGAGGAGAGCAGCUCAACGGCUGCCGCAUUGCAGGGCAGACUGUGCUCUACGAGUGUGAAUAGUACAACAACAACAACAACAGCAACAACAGCAACAACAACAACAACAACAAUGUACUAAAACACUAAGCAAACUGAACACAGAUGCCGGAAGCAGAGGUGCGCCUGCCCAGAACUUUCUGCUCAUAAUUGCGAAACGGUUCGCGCACGGCAGGGCACACUGUACUUUGCGUGUUUAAACGGUACAACAACAACAACAACAGAACUUGCCUAGUCACGACAUGAAGAACUUUCUAAUGCGUAAAGGUUUAUUUUUUAAAUUGUAAUUUGUUUUUUUUAUUUUUGGAAUGGCCUCCAAGCAAUCGAAAAGUAAAAAACAAACAACUAAAAGUGCUAUAUUAAUCUGUACUAAAGAAGCGGAGUAACGGAACUUAAUGCUAAGUGAGAGUGUGUCUGUGUGUGUGUCUGUGUGUGCAUGAGUGUGAGUGCAUAGCUAAUACUCUUAUGUAUGUGUGUGUGUGUGUGUGUGUGUGUGUGAAACGAUUACGAUUACAAAUAUGUUGUAUGUAAGUGCGCGAAAUCGAAAUCGAAAUCGAAAUCAAAAUGAAAACGAAUUCAAAUUCGAAGCAAGCUGCUGCCCACAGAGAAGCUGCAUACUGCCACGCCCCCCAGGCAGCAGCAAUAAAAGAAUCCUACAAUAACAACACAAUUAAUAGGUGCUACUCUAGAGUGUUUUUUUUUUUCUGUCUUGGAAAUGCAUAAAAUUAGUGUGUGAAGAGUUGAAUUUAUUUGUGUUUGCCAGACUCAAAGUUUGGUGCAGUUGCAACGCCAAAAUGUGUUAAAAAUAAAAAUAAAACAAAAGCUAAUUAAUCUACGUAAAAAUAAAACCCUUUUUUUGUGUAAAUACUAAAAAUAAAAUAAAAAACAACAACAAAUGAACUAAAAACUGAAAUUCAAGUUUUGCAUUUAUUUCCAAACUACAUUUGGAGAAGCGCUCACCCACCCGGUGGCUUCUUUCAGUGUACUCUCGAAAUAAUGUUCAGUGUCUAGGUACUACGAUAAUUAAAUUAAAAAAGUUUCGCCUGCUGCUCACAGUUAGUUUAGCCAAAUUAUACGCUAUUGUUUAAUUUAUUAACUGUACUUAUUAAUGAGUGUCUUACGUUAUCCUUACGUGUCCCACGUUAUACUCCCCCCCCCC